GACGAAUCCGUGUUCAAACCAAUUCGCUAAAAAAAAACAACAAAGCUUUUACUAUACGUUUGUGUGGGGAUUUGGUCAAGUGUCAUGAACGGGUACAAAAUCCAGGACACCCUGUAAUGCAGAACAACGUUCCCCUCCCCUAAUAGCAGCCAUGGAGACAAGAAUAUGCGAACUGCCCUGCCCACUCGUGCCACUUUGGAAUUACGCAAGAACGCUCAGAGGAGCGCAUUUGAUCCAAAGGAUUGCUUUGUGGCUUUAGCGUGAGUUGCGCGCAUCAUCAACAUUGAUUUCAAUAAGGACUGUCGUUAUUUCCACGCAACUAGUCGUCGUGUUUGGGUGUGCCAGUAAUAGUAGACAACAGCAAAGUCUUUACUGUUUUCGUCCAGUGAGAGAAUUCUGACUCCCAAUUUUUUUUGGACGAGGUUUCUAGGAUCCUCGCACACUUCUUCGGACGCUUCCACAGUCCCGCCGAGCACCGAAAAAAAGUUCGCUCUUCGGACUUCUUGAGUGGCCCAAAAUAACAGCAACCAAAAAAAAACCCAACAACAACCCCACACACUCUUUGGGAAAUGAGCCAAAGUAGCAGACAGUCAUCUUGUAGCGCAUUAUGGCCAGCGGGGGAAAAACUAGCGACUGGCGAAGAUGUGCCGGAAGAAAGUCGCUUUUUGGCCCAAAACUCCACAGGAGGUGAGACGAGUCGGCUGACGGAAGUUGACAAUGAGAACAUUAACGGAGCGUAUGACGGGGGCAAACAGAGCUGUCGGGACGACCCCCGCUCCAUUCCUGCUUGCGCCACCAUAUCGGAGACAGCCCGUGAACUCUGCAAAGCCGUGUCCGUAUCUCUGGGGCUCCCCGUCGACUCGGCCGACGCCGGUGACGCGGAGCACGCAGCCCCGCAGUGCGCCUCCAAGGACCACCUCCAGGCCACCGGCUGUUUAUACCUAGCGGGAGCGACCGUCCCCGUCCCCAAGUACAGGCGCUCCUCGGCGCAAGAGGAGCGGAACGCGAUGUUUCAAAGUCCCGAGACGACGCUGCCUCAUCAGCACCUCACUCCGACCUCCUCUUUGGAGUUCACGCUCGGAAGCCCCCCUGACCUAACUUCCAAACAACUUGAGCACAUGGCGACCGUUUUCACGCCAUCCAUGCCGCACGACCACGACUGCGCCUUGGAACCAUCGUGCCGAGCCUACAAACACAUGGAGGUGUCUCCAGACUACCGACAAGAAGCCGGUGGAUACCAGCUGGAGCAAUACGGCGUCAGCGUCAAGUCAGAGGAGCCCAACGAAGCGUCUGAGGAGGAGCAGUGGGGCACCAAUUACACCCACGGGGACAGAUACAACGCUCAGCUUUGGGGGACGAGGCAGUUCGUGGCGACGGCCCAGCCGAGUGGGGUGAAUGCGGCGUUCAUAUGCGAGCCCUAUGAGAGGAACACCGGACGCACCGAGCAGUGGUACCCCCCGAGUGGGAUGUUGAAGCCGCCUUACGCCAACUACGCUAAGGCCGAAGUUGGACAGUGGGUAGACGUCGCCUACAACGACUCAAGGUUUGAGACCGGCAGAGAGCACAUGAUCCCCAUGGAGUUCUUCUACCCGCCACAGAGAGCUUGUCUGAUCUGUUCGGACGAGGCAUCCGGGUGCCAUUAUGGCGCACUAACCUGCGGCAGCUGCAAGGUUUUCUUCAAAAGAGCAGCAGAAGGCAAGCAGAAAUACUUGUGCGCGAGCAAGAAUGACUGCACCAUUGACAAACUGAGGAGAAAAAACUGUCCAUCUUGUCGGCUGAAGAAGUGCUUUGAAGCUGGGAUGACUCUUGGAGCACGCAAGCUGAAAAAAAUUGGACAACCCAAAAAUGUCACAGAGGAUCAUCCUAUUAAUAAUAAAACAGAGAUUAUCCAAAAUCUCACCCCUAUGCCGAUCCUGAAUGCCAACUCCCAACUGGUCUUCCUGAACAUCUUGGAGUCCAUCGAGCCGGAGAUGGUGAAUGCCGGCUACGAUUACUGCCAGCCUGACACAGCAGCCACUCUGCUCACCAGCCUCAACGAGCUUGGAGAAAGACAACUGGUCAAAGUGGUCAAAUGGGCAAAAGGACUCCCAGGUUUUAGGACUCUACAUGUGGAUGACCAAAUGACUGUCAUUCAGAAUUCGUGGAUGACUGUGAUGGUGUUUGCCUUGGGGUGGCGGUCUUACAAGAGCGCAAACGCCAGGAUGCUGUACUUUGCGCCUGAUCUCGUCUUCAAUGAUCAUCGGAUGCAAAUCUCCACCAUGUACGACCACUGCAUGCGAAUGAAACACCUGUCGCAGCAGUUUGUGCUGAUGCAACUCACGCAGGAGGAAUACCUCUGCAUGAAGGCCCUGCUCCUCUUCAGCAUUCUUCCAGUGGAAGGUCUGAAGAGCCAAAAAUACUUUGACGAGCUGCGCCACACCUACAUCAAUGAACUCAACCGGCUGGUUAAUUAUCGCUUUACACCCAGUUCGCAGAGGUUCUUCCACCUCACGCGACUGAUGGACUCCCUCCACAUAAUGGUGAAGAAGCUUCAGCAGUUUACAUUUGACCUGUUUGUUCAAGCUCAGUCGAUAAACACCAAGGUGAGCUUCCCAGAGAUGAUUGGAGAAAUCAUCUCAGUCCAUGUGCCAAGGAUCCUGGCGGGUCUGGCCAAUCCCAUCAUGUUUCACGAGUAAAAUGUGGAAUUUUUACUUUCUUUUAUUUUUUGGAAUCAAGUAACAUCUUUUGCUGCCAGCAGAAUCUUUAACAAUGGCUUUGUACUGUUUCUUGAUAAUUAUGAGCUCAUAUUCAUGUUCUCGGAUAAUUUUAUCUCCUCUUUUAAGCCAUAUUUGACUAUUUGCCUUUUUUGGGUGAGGGGAGGGGAACGGGGGUGGGGGGUGGCUCACAUCCACUUCAGCUUGUACUUUUAGUUUUGGCAGUCCAAGCUAAGAUGCUACUAAGAAAACGUGCAAACGGUCUAGAAAUCAAAAUCACACUUGCCAGCAGGCUGGAAAACAUGUUUGACACCCUCCGGGCAUUUCAUUAGGUACACCUGCACAGUCAAAGCCUAGGAAACAAAAGCCAGAUCAAAAAAUUAUAUCUGAGAUUACAAAGAUAAUAUUGCUUCGUCUUGCUUGUCAACUCAGAUAUGAAUUUAAUCAGUCCCUGCUGAAUUUCGGGCGAUAUUUGGGGCGAUUGAUUGGGACUAAAAUGAGAAAUGUUGCAGUACCGUUUCAGAGAAGCAGUCAGUUGCAGUGUUCUUGGCAUUUUUGGAUACUUGGAUAAAACAUUCACUUUUUAUGUAUUGAUAUUAAAGUUGGAAUCAGCAGUAUGAAGUGGUAACCUUUAUUUAGACUGCCUUAGAGCAUCUCAGUAACAAGGCUGCUUUGGGGGACUACAUCAACUGUCGACCAAUUCACGUUUCAUAUCACUUGUUUGACUUGAAGAAAAAUCUUUGUAGCACCUUGCAUAAUUAACACGAUUGUACUCUCUCAUCAUUAACAACAGCAGUAAACAUCAACAUCAUUCUACAAACAUGAUGUAUUUGUGUGUGUGAGAGACCGUGUACGUGCAAAAUAUUACUGCCACUGUCACGCUUGAUGCUUUUUUUUGCAACACGUACAUGUGAUGUUCACCGUGGACGGCUGCAGACUGUCAAUGCUUCAUAUGUGAAUUAUAUGGACCUUGCAAAGAAUCGA